UUAACUAUCUCUUUUUUAUUAUGAGUGAUUUUUCUAGACAUUCAAUUGGUGGACCUGCUAUGCGUCUUUCUUCUUUAACUGUUGGUCAAUUCUGGCAAACAGUAGAGAAUUUUAGAGAAGGAUUGCAUAUUGAUUAUGUGUCACUGGUCGGAAAGAGACGAGGAUCGAUAAUUAUUUGGUAUGAAAAUUACUCAAAGUUCCAACUCCCCAUGAAUGAAUUUAUGGAAGAAUUUCUGCUUGAACGAACAAUUGCUUUUAAUAGGCGACAACGUGUUAUACCACUUAUUCAAAAUAGAAUUGUUAAAUUACAUGUCGGGGUCAACUUUCCUCCACAUUUGGACCGUCCUGGUGGUCAUACCAAUUUGACUGUUGAGUAUACUCUUCGCGACGACUUUAAAAUCCCCACUCGUUCAGAUUUUUUGGCUAUGUAA